GAAGUAGAAGUCCGGAAGAGACGUGGCACAUAAACACAUAGAGGAAGCAGGCAGCUCAGGUUUAUGAUGACAUCCUCUGUGGCAACUUUCAUUGGGAAUUUAGGGAGACACCUUAAAUGACAGCGUUGUAGCAGUACUUAAAACAAACGACUCUUCUUUAAUGUCAGCGUGACAGCUAACAAGCGCAUGCGGCUAUGGGUCUGUGCAAGUGUCCGAAGAGGAAGGUGACCAACCUGUUCUGCUUUGAGCAUCGUGUGAAUGUGUGUGAACAUUGCCUUGUUUCCAACCACAACAAGUGCAUCGUCCAGUCUUAUCUGCAGUGGCUCCAGGACAGUGAUUACAACCCGAACUGUGCUCUGUGCAAUAAUCCGCUGGCCACACACGACACAGUCAGACUGAUCUGCUAUGAUGUUUUCCACUGGGCGUGUCUGAACAACUUGGCGUCUCGGCUGCCGCUCCACACGGCGCCAGCGGGGUACCAGUGCCCCUCCUGUCAGGGCCCAGUGUUCCCACCCUCUAAUCUGGCCAGCCCAGUAGCUGAUGUGCUGAGAGAGCAGCUCUCAUCCGUUAACUGGGCUAGAGCUGGUUUAGGAUUGCCGUUGAUUGAAGAACCCGUUGGGGUUCUUGAAGAUACGACAGCUGAUGUUUCUGACUACACAGACUGGUCAACAUUUGAUGGACAAGAAAAAAGUGCAGUUUAUUCCAGUCACUCCUAUAACACUAGCCUCAGCCCACCUGCUGCCUCACCUCCGACACAAGAAAAUGUCGGACUUCAUAAAAACGGGGAUCCAAAUAUGCCAGAGCAUUCUGCGGUCAACUUUCCUGCUGCUUCCACCAGUGACACUAUCACAAUACACACAGCGUCAUCGCCGAGAAAGGUCUACGACACACGGGACGUUCACAGCUCUGUCACGCAGAUCGACUUUGACGACGACAAGUACCGGCGGCGACCGGCGCUCGGCUGGUUCGCACGAAUUUUAAAAAAUCGUACCGGAGGGAAGAAGACGGCCCUGUCCUGGAAGCAGCGGGUCUUCAUGCUCCUCUUGGUGGGAGUUCUGGGAUUCUUCACGUUGAUCAUCAUCAUGGCGAAACUCGGACGCGCCUCGGCGGGCUCAGACCCAAACCUAGAUCCUCUUCUUAACCCCAACAUCCGUGUGGGGAAAAACUGAGGAGCAGCAGCGAUUUGUUGUUUGGUCUGGAAAGAAACUGAUGCACAGACUGCCCACCAGAGGGAGCUCUUUGCCCAACUCCUAAGAGGACGUUCCUCAGACUGUAAAGAAGCAGUUCUGCACCGUUCGGCCGGUUCUGUUGAUCCAGGUGAAACACUGAACCUUUAAAGGCGACCCCCGGGGGCUCGACGCAGUUACACAAUUUAUCCAAAUGUUUGUUGUUUUUGGUGACGAGGGGCAAUACUUUAUUCAGCUAACAUUUCCCUGUGAUCUUUGUAAGUUUAUUUCUGUUUAGACUUCAUUGGAAGCAUUGAAGAAACUUCAACUGUUUGCAUUACAAACUGAUUGACUCUGUCGCCAUGGAGUCAAACUUACCCGACACAUCCUGCGUUUCUACGACUGUAAUGAUCUGCAUUUCCUCUGCAAAUUGAGUGCUUUGCUUUUAGAUUUGCCAUUCAAACUGUAUGUAUGUUUUCCUGGUUGUCGUGGUUUUUUUUGAGUGUCCAUUAAAUUGGAAUCCCCCAAAAUGACAUGUC